AUGGCAAAUAUUGCUCAGGCCGCCUUUGUCGAAGACUUCGACGAAGAAAACCAUGCCCCGCUGCCUGAUACUCGUCAGGUGGCCAAUACCGCUGCCAAAAUAUCCAGUCGCACCGCUGCCACCGUCAACAGUACCCAAUCGGGCCCAUCGGGCGAGAGGGGUCCACCGAUCCCUCUUAAGGUAGACACCACCUCCAAACGAGUCGAUCUGGGAAGGAAAACAUCGACCCGCAAAGAUCGUCUCAAGGACAAGGACCGACCCUCACGGUCAUCGCGUGACGAAAAGGUGCACGCUGGUGCCUAUCAGCUCCCUACCCAUCCUCCUGCCCCCGUGCCAAGGUCGUCAUCCAAGAGUCGCCGGCGCGAUUCGGUCAAGGUUCAGCAUUACCACGACUCCUGCUACGAGUGUGCGAACGGCAUGUACCAUUCAUCCACCCCAGUGGAACCGCCAGCGAUGGAGUAUCCUUUUUAUACACCACAUCGGCCCCCAGGGCCCGACUACAUGCCACCCUCACCACACACCCCUCGGUAUCCAGGACCCGCCAUCCAGGAUAUCAACGUCACUCAAACAAGCCGUCCCCAAGUUCGGGCCUGCCGCUCCAACUCUUACCAGUCCCAGUCCGCCUACCAUUUGAACCAACGACCCGUGAGUUUCCAUGGAGCGCUGCCAGGUAUGAGCAUGUACCACCAGCAACCGAUGAAUUUCUACGAGCAUGGCCCGCCGCCGGCAAACUCUGCCUAUGCCAACCCGCCAGUCUAUCCCGAGUCAUCAUACGGAUCGUCGGGCUUCUACUACCCUGGCCCGGAAUAUGCGACUGCUGGCCCGCCGCCUGGGCGAGAUCGUUCGCGGUCCAGCACUCGAGAACGGUCGCGGGCGCGCCGGUCGUCGUCUGUUUAUGGCCCUCCUGUUGUCGAAUCUGAAGUUUUCUCGCCCUAUUAUGAGGAGAGUGAGCCAAUGGACCGCCGGUCGUCUCGGGAAAUUCGUGGACGGCGGUCAUCCAACUCAGCCUAUCCACGCGAUGAAGAUUACUAUCUCAUGCCACCCCCGCCACCUCCCGCCUCGAAACACCGUUUGGCGCCACAGAUCAUCCAGGCCAAGCGCCCAGAUCCGCCGCGGAAGUCCCAAACCGCUGGCGCCGUGCCUUCGCAGCACCGUCAGCCUAACGCUUUUGACAUGUCCGAUCUAGGGGCCGUACUGCCGGACCAUGCACACCGUCGCCUGUCGCGAGAGGGCACUUUUCUGGAGCGCAGUCAAAGUCAGCGCGAGACCCGGAGAUCCACCUCUUAUAAUGACCCUUCGCGGGCAACUCGGGUGGCCGUCGAGAGUUCUCGGCGCCCUCGACUGUCGCAGCACUACAACGGCCAUGGCCGCACUAGCAGCCUCGAGGACAAACAGCGGGAGAUCGAAGAUUACCAGGCUGCUCGGUCUGGCCGACCGGCCGGCGCUGCUGCGAUCCCGCUGUCGGCCGAAACGAUGCUGCCCCGCAAGGCAUCGAACCGCGUUGGCAGUGAAAGCGGCAGCCAGAAGAGCCGCUCGAACAGCAGUCGUGGCAGUGGAGGCUCCAAAGGGGACGACGAUAUCAACCUCGUAAUGGAUGGAGUGAAAAUGAGCUUCACGCGGGAGUCGGUCGAUGGCAAAUUAAUCAACAUUCGCCGGGGAGAUAGUAGCUUCCGACUCAACAUCGAGGGCAAUCGACAGCCCAAAGGCUACCUCCCUGGCCCUCCAUACUCCGACUAUACCCGCCGAGAACUAGAGGAUGGGCGGCACUCACGAGAUGACCGGCACUCAGACAAGGCUAGUCGCCGAUCCAGCCGGUCUACCUACAGUAGGAGCCGCUACCAGGAGUGA